AUGCUAGAGAUUGCUGGCGGUCUUCAAUGGAUGGGCUUCAUUCGAGCUCACAAGUUCUACGCCAGUCUUGCGUUAGCGGUUUCCAGAACUCCGACUUUGACGAUGGAGGAAAUAACGCUGGGCUUGCGGGCGUAUGGACGGCUGGAAAAUGUGCAUCCGCCUUUUUUUGAGAAGGUCUCGACGUUGGUGCUCCAGCCUGAUGGGUCAUCACUCAUGCCAGGAUUGAGUUUGCAGUUAGUAACUUCGCUGGCUAUCGGAUUCUCCCGGCAUAAGUACCCAGCCCACGAUCGUGUGAUAUUGGCCUGUGCGGACUAUUUAGCAGAAAAUAUCCGAGCCUUUGCUGAUAGAGAUAUGUUCAAGGAGAUGAUAGUUAAAGUGCUGUGGGCAACGUGUAUGUUACCAGAGCUACAAUCUCGUCACGAGUACGGCAUGACCUUGCUUCUACGGAAAUUGUGCAGCGGUACAGCAUGGGAAGCGGAGAAGCUGAGAGUUGCCUGGAUGUGGAUUUGCCAGGCGAUGGACUUCCCUUACGUGGACCACGGAAGGCUACUCGGUACCGUUUCCAUUUCUGUGCCAGGAGCUAUCAAAAGUCUUAUCGGCUUACGAGGCACUGAGGGUCUGUUCAAGCAGCUCGGUGGUGAGGAGGGUAUCGCGAAGGCCGUACAGCGACUCUACGAAUACAAAGGGAGAGAACUGAAGCGGAUUCAUCAGAUGAUUGAUAUAUACGACUACCAUAUGGAUGCCUUCGUGAAUCUUAUGAAGAACGUGUUGGAGGAGGCUGAUCAAGAUCCCGAGACUAUAGACUCUUGCAUCAUACUAAUGGAGACGUGCCGUUCCCGGAUCGUCAAACCGGCUAAUCAUGAUGUAAGACGAGCUCAAGCGAUGGCUAACAAGAAGCCUCUGUAUGAGCGACUCGGUGGUGAGAUGUCAAUAGCUAAAUUAUCGGAAAUGUUUUACACCGAGGCGAUGGAGGAUUCACGUACGAAGAGCUUUUUCGAGAAGAACAAAGCGAAGGUAGCUACGAUUAAAAAGAAAAUCACGCAGUUGAUAGGAACUGUAACUGGAGGAUCGAAACAAUACGACUUGGCUGACUUGAAACCAUCCCACUAUUCCAUGAAUAUUACGGACUUCCACUUCGACGCGGUCAUAUGUAUUAUCAGGCAGGCUGGCGAGACCCUCCAUAUAAACUCCAAAGAUCUUGAAGAGCUUAUUUCGAUACUACAGAAGUUGCGCCCAGAGAUCACAACCGGAUGUACGGUCCGCCGAGAGAUGGCGCGUCAAAACCUUGCGCGCUGUGAAACAGGCGAGGGACUCUACGAGCGGCUCUUCGAGACAGAAGGCAUAGCUCGACUGAUGGAUACCCUCUUCAACCUCAUCAGCAAAGACGCUCGUAUCAAAGAAUUCUUCCCUGUAGAUAGUAUGCAACUCAUAAAAGAAGCUAAGCUAAUCUUCUUCAUUGAGCUGUUCGGUGGACCUCCGGAGUAUGAAGGGCGUGACCUAACAGAUAUACACGAGCCAUUGGGCAUCACAGACUAUCAUUUCGACGCUUUUUUAUCGGACAUGUCGAGGGCGCUGCUCUCACAAGGCCACGAGGACAGCUUGGUGGAUGAGGUUAUCAUCACGCUUGAUUCGGUGCGCAAUGCGGUACUCGACCGGCAGUCGGAGCUCGUGAUAGAGCCGCGUAAUGGUCUUAAUUUACUCGAACGAUUUGGUGGCGAUAGCAAUCUCGAAGCAGUAGCAGAGGGAAUGUAUCAGUACUUCACAGAAGACAGUCGUAUCAACUACGAUGAGGAGAAUGUCCAGCCAGUGCACUACCACAUGAACAUUACUGAUUACCAUUUCGACGCGGUUAUUGAGAUGUUCCAUCAUGUCUUCGUAGAACUUGAUAUACAUCCCAAUGCAAUCACCGACAGUCUGGCUGAACUUGGGCGAUGUCGUAAGCUGAUAACGACAGGCUGCACUGUUCGAAUGGAAGUCGCGAAGAAAAAUGAAGAGAUGGGUACGGACUUGAUGUUCGUCAAAAUGGGAUACGACGAAGGCCUGGAGGAUUUCAUUAAGAGACUUUUUGACCUGAGCAAAGUCGAUCGACGGUUGAAGAGAUUCUUCCAGGGAAAGGAUUUGCAUCGGAUACGUACAGGCUUCCAAGGCUACUUGACGGAGCGUUUUGGGGGGCCAACACAGUAUAAAGGUCGAGAAUUGGAGGAUAUACACAGGGGUCUCGGUCUGGAUGACUUCUAUUUCGACUGUUUCCUGAUCAACGCGGAAAAGGCUCUCCACGGGCUGGGGGUGGAAGAGGACAUCAUCGCUGACGUAUUGAUAACUCUUGAAUUCGCUCGGGCACAUGUCCUUAACAGGAAGCGUGACCAGUUGUCUCAGUUGAAACUAGUGGACGGUGCCACGAUAUUCGAGCGUAUCGGUGGAGACAUGAAUCUCGAGGCUGUUGUUGAGACAAUGUACAGCGGAGCCUUGCUGGAUCCACGCAUCAAGUUCUUCUUUGAUCUUCCCAAAGACAGAGUUGAGCAAAUAAAGGAGAGGAUGUGUACAUUCCUUUCGAUGAUAACAGGAGCUCCUGAAGUCAAAUACGACGUGAAGGCGCUGAAGGAAAUUCAUCGCGGUAUAAAUAUCACGGAUUACCAUUUCGAUGCAUUGAUGGAAAAUAUGAAAGUUGCCUGCGAGCUUAUGGAGAUCGACAACACGGUCAGGGUGGACUUCCUUGAAUGUGUCUCUCAUGUCCGGGGAAUUAUCACAGCAGGCUGCACUGUCCGACUAGAGUUGGCCAAGAGACGUACAGAGAUAGGCGGCACUGAGGGUCUGUUCAAGCAGCUCGGUGGUGAGGAGGGUAUCGCGAAGGCCGUACAGCGACUCUACGAAUACAAAGGGAGAGAACUGAAGCGGAUUCAUCAGAUGAUUGAUAUAUACGACUACCAUAUGGAUGCCUUCGUGAAUCUUAUGAAGAGCGUGCUUGAGGAGGCUGACCAAGAUCCCGAGACUAUAGACUCUUGCAUCAUACUAAUGGAGACGUGCCGUUCCCGGAUCGUCAAACCGGCUAAUCAUGAUGUAAGACGAGCUCAAGCGAUGGCUAACAAGAAGCCUCUGUAUGAGCGACUCGGUACGAAGAGCUUUUUCGAGAAGAACAAAGCGAAGAUAGCUACGAUCAAAAAGAAAAUCACACAGUUGAUAGGAACUGUAACUGGAGGAUCGAAACAAUACGACUUGGCUGACUUGAAACCAUCCCACUUUUCCAUGAAUAUUACGGACUUCCACUUCGACGCGGUCAUAUGUAUUAUCAGGCAGGCUGGCGAGACCCUCCAUAUAAACUCAAAAGAUCUUGAAGAGCUUAUUUCGAUACUACAGAAGUUGCGCCCAGAGAUCACAACCGGAUGUACGGUCCGCCGAGAGAUGGCGCGUCAAAACCUUGCGCGCUGUGAAACAGGCGAGGGACUCUACGAGCGGCUCUUCGAGACAGAAGGCAUAGCUCGACUGAUGGAUACCCUCUUCAACCUCAUCAGCAAAGACGCUCGUAUCAGAGAAUUCUUCCCCGUAGAUAGUAUGCAAAUCAUAAAAGAAGCUAAGCUGGUCUUCUUCAUUGAGCUGUUCGGCGGACCUCCGGAGUAUGAAGGGCGUGACCUAACAGAUAUACACGAGCCAUUGUGCAUCACAGACUAUCAUUUCGACGCUUUUUUAUCGGACAUGUCGAGGGCGUUGCUCUCACAAGGCCACGAGGACAGCUUGGUGGAUGAGGUUAUCAUCACGCUUGAUUCGGUGCGCAAUGCGGUACUCGACCGGCAGUCGGAGCUCGUGAUAGAGCCGCGUAAUGGUCUUAAUUUACUCGAACGAUUUGGUGGCGAUAGCAAUCUCGAAGCAGUAGCAGAGGGAAUGUAUCAGUACUUCACAGAAGACAGUCGUAUCAAAUACGAUCAAGAUGACCUAAAGCCUGUCCACUAUGACAUGAACAUCUCUGAUUACCAUUUCGAUGCCGUCCUCGAGUGCUUCGUAAAGAGUGCAGAAGAGCUCGAAGAUUUAGAUGAGGAUGCAAUAUCUGAUGCCUUGCAGAUACUUAACUCGGUGAGGUCGGAUAUUAUAGCAGGAUCUCGGGUUCGGAUGGACGCAGCUGAGCGGAAAACCAACGAGGAUGGCAUUGAGGAGCUGUUCAAGAGAAUUGGAAAAGUUGAAGGAGUGGAGAAAUUUGUAGACCAAUUAUACGAACGUGUGGAGCGCGAUAAGCGUAUAUACAUGUUCUUCGAGGGUGCUAAGCUACAGGCAAUAAAAAAAGCACAGACGGAUUACUUCAUCGGCCUCUUCGGCGGUCCUAAUCAAUACAAGGGACGGAGUCUCGAGGAUGUGCAUCAAAUUAUAGCGAUGAACGACUAUCACGUUGACUGUUUUUUCCUGAACAUCCAGAAGUGCCUAGGGAUGAUGGGGUUUAACAAUGAAACCAUCGAUCAAUUCGUGGUUCAUCUGGAAAAGCUCCGACCUCAAAUUCUCCACCACCAUUACAAGAAUAUGAUGAUGGAGUGA